AUGGGUAGUUUUUCUCUAGCUGUUGGUGCAGCUUCUGCAUUAUUUGUACUUCUUUGCAUGUUGAACAAUGUAAAUGGAAAGUUGAUCAAUGAUUUAAACCAGUUGGGAACCAACGGCUGUGAUCUCUUCCAAGGAAAUUGGGUUUAUGACGAUUGUUACCCUCUUUACGAUUCAUCAGUGUGUCCAUUCAUUGAAAAGCAGUUUGAUUGUUUAAAGAAUGGAAGGCCAGAUAAGGAUUAUCUCAAAUAUAGAUGGCAAUCCACUGGGUGCAAUUUACCUAGGUUUAAUGCGACAGAAUUUCAACUCAAAUUGAAGGGGAGGCGGUGGAUGUUUGUUGGGGAUUCACUAAGCCUUGAUCAAUGGCAAUCUCUCACUUGUAUGCUACAUGCAGCCGAUCCACAAUCUGAGUAUACUUCCAAAAGGAUAGGAGGAACUUCAAUCUUCACAUUUUCAAAAUACAAUACGUCGUACUUGAUACUCCGAGAUGCUUUCCUAGUAGACAUUAUUACAAAGAACAACGGGACGCGAGUGUUGAUGCUGGAUUCUCUCAGUGCAGCUGCUCAAUGGAAAGAAAUAGAUGUCCUCAUCUUUGAUUCUUGGCAUUGGUGGCUUCAUACUGGUAGAAAACAAGCUUGGGAUCUUGUUCAAGAUGGCAACUCUACAUACAAAGACGCACCCCGGUUAAUCUUAUAUGAGAAAGCACUGAAUACCUGGGCAAAAUGGGUGGACUCUGAAGUAGAUACAACAAAAACUAAAAUAUUUUUCCAAGGAGUUUCUCCUGACCAUGACAAUUGUGCUGGAGUAACACAACCAUUGAAGAGUACACAAGGACCUCGUCCAGGAGAAUUGGUAUUAGAGAAGGUUUUGAGAGGGAUGAAAAAACCAGUUCAUUUAUUAAACGUAACAACAUUAUCACAGUACAGAGCAGACGGACAUCCAUCAGUUUAUGGGUUUGGUGGACAUAGGAACAUAGACUGCACACAUUGGUGUGUGGCUGGUGUUGCUGAUACUUGGAAUCAACUCUUAAGUGCAGUUCUUGAUCAAUUUUAG